AUGGGACGAUUAACUUGGGAAUCUAUUCCAGAAAAAUAUCAACCUUUGAAAAAUAGAUUAAAUAUUAUAAUUUCGAGUCGUAUGAAAAGUGAUGAUGAUAGUAAUAAAGGAGGAUAUUUAAUUUAUCCUUCACUAGAAAAAGCUAUUCAAGAUUUAGAAAUUGAUUUACAAAUAUUUCGAAUAUUUAUAAUUGGUGGAUCUAAACUUUAUGAAGAAGCAAUUAAUUCAACUUCAUGUAAAUAUAUUCUUUUAACCAAAAUUUAUAAAGAAUUUAAGUGUGAUCGAUUUUUUCCUCAGAUUGAUGAAAAUGUUUAUAGUUUAGUUGAUCAUUUAGAAUUAGAGAAAUUUGUGGGAGAAACUGUUCCUCAAGGUAAACAGUUAGAUAGUGAUAUAGAAUAUGAAUUCUUGAUGUAUAAAAGAAUUAAAUAA